CCUUCACUCAUAGUGUUCCUGAUCAUUCAUCGGUCUGAUAGAUCUGCCCUCUGUUGCCAGUUUCGCAUAGUCACGGGAGAGAUCUAAACGUUACCAUGAAGUUAUCUCUGAUUAUCGGGACCGUUAUCCUGGCUUUAGCUGUUGCCAGUGCUCAUGGAAUUUUUAGACCAUCAUACAAAAAACUUAUUCCCGUUAGUAAAUCGUAUGCCAGACAAAUCAGAUCGUACUAUCGGCCAUACCAACUAAGAGUACAAAAUACCAUCAAAGGAAGUUAUCGCGGAGGUUAUCGCAGAAGUUACGGCAGUAGAAAACGUUAUCCCAUUCAGAGACUGAGGUCUCAGUACAGGAAAGUGCCUAUGAUUAAGCCAAUGACAAUAUAUAAGAAAGUUCCAGUAUACAAGCCAAUUAUCAAAACAGUUGUAAAAAAAGUACCAUACCUGAAAGAAGUACCGGUUAUCAAGACAGUAUACAAAAACAAGUUUAUCCCUAAGACCAUCCGGGUCGAGGUACCUGUCGCCAAUCCCAUCAAGGUGCCAGUUGAGGUUCCAGUGCCUCAGCCUAUGGGACCCAUCAUCGAUGAUACAAGGCACAGUGGAGUUGGUAUGCACUCCAAAAGUAAGAUUAAAGCAGAAAGUUCAAGCAGCGGAAGUGGAGAUAUUAAUAUUGGACUCGGAAUUGGAAUAGACGGCGUAGGCGUUGGCAGUGCCGGAGAUGCCAAAGGCAUCGGGCUUGGUAUCGGUGGUGGACAAAUUGACAUCGGUGGACCGAAAAUUGAUAUUGGAGGACCACAAAUUGACAUGGGAGGACCAAAUAUUGAUAUCGGUGGCCCAGAUCAUGGUUUUGGCGCCCCUAAUAUUGAUAUGGGUGGCCCUAAUAUUGGCGGUCCGGAUAUGGGAAUUGGUGGACCAGAAUUUAAUAGCCCCAGUUUGGAUCUCGGAGGACCAAUUGGAGCAAUGCCAGGAAUGGAUUUCGGAUUCGGCGUUGGUGGCGUCGACGGUGGAAUGGGGAUGGGGGUCAGCGACAUAGGGUCAAGUGUUGGCGGUGGAAUGGGUGGGAAUCAUGGUGGAGCUGGCUUUGGAGUAGGCGGAAAUGAUCUCGCCGGGGGAAUUGGAUUCGGUGGAGGAUCACAGGGUGGAGCUGGAGGAGGAGGAGCUUUAGAUACUUCCGGUGUGGGUAUUGGUAUAGGUCAGGGUGACGGAAGUUUCGGGAUCGGUAUCGGUCGUGCGAUGCCGGAACCGCCUAGAGAUACCCUCAUCGUCUCUGACGCUGAUCACGUAAGAAUUGGAGAUCACGACUUCCGAGGACAAGGAAAUAGGGGAAGGAACCUGUUUAUCCAUGAUGCCGAUCAUGUUACAGGAGGGGGUCACCAAGGACCUAUGGGAGGUGGUAGUGACGGUUUCAACAACCCUGUUGCCAUCUUUGGAGUAGACAAUGGUAACGGAGGAAUCGGAGUCGGAAAUGGUAUGGAUAACGGUCUUGGAAUCAAUAUUGACGGACUCGGAGGUGGAAAUGGAGGUAUGGAAUCCGGACUCGGACUUGACAACGGACUCGGAGUUGGCAUUGACGGAAUUGGCGGACCUUCUGACCUUGGACAUGAUCUCGGACACAACGGAGGAUUCGACAACAAUGGGGGAUUCAUGGAUGGAAACGGCGUCUUCGACAAUGGAGUCAAUGGAGGUUUCAUCGAUACAUUCGGCAAUGGAGGUUCCAUCGAUAAAGGUAUUGGAGGACCAUUCGCCGACCCAAUUGUCGGAGGAAACAUCGAAGGCAACGUCAACAUCAUAAACAACGGUGGAGGUAUUGACAAUGGAAUGGGCGGACCUGGAUCCCUCGACUUCGGUGGUCACGGAGGUUUUGAUCAUGGAAUGGGUAUCAAUAAUAAUGCCAAGGCUAACACUAAUGUAAAUGUUAAUGUCAACUCAAAAUCCAACUCUCACGGCGUCGGUGCUGCUGAUGUAGGAGUCGGUGGACCUGUUGACAUUUUCCCGGAGGUAUGAACCAUGGAGUUGGACAUGCUGGUCCAAUUAUAGAUGCAAGUCACGGAAUGCACACAAGUGGCCACAUCGGCAAAAAACAUAUUUGAGUGAGUGUCAUCGGAGGUUAGAGGGGCCAUACUGCAUCUAGGGUUAUUUAUGUUGUCUUACCAAUCAUCUGUAUAAUUUAAUGAAACAUCAUUUUGCAUAUAAAAUCGUUUAAAGAAA